AUGGUGACGUUCAAGGGAGAGAAAAUCCCAGUAUGCUACGCCUCGUGUUCAGUCGGGCACGAUGGCUCUAAGCAUACACUUCCAAAGAAGCUGGCAGCCAUUGCAGGCGCUGGAUUUGAGGCUAUUGAACUGUCAAUGCCAGAUAUUCUGGCAUACGGCAAAGAGAUAUCCAACGAUGGCUCGGAGCCUGAUCCCAAAGAUUAUGCGAGACUUCAAUCCGUCGGGAAAGAGAUCCGUCAACUCUGCGAGCAGCAUAAACUGAAGAUACUCAUCUUACAACCAUUCGCCAAUUUCGAGGGAUGGCCAAAGGACAGCGACGAGAGAAAAGAUGCAUUUGAACGUGCCAAAGGAUGGAUGUCGAUCAUGGAAGCAGUCGGUACCGAUAUGCUGCAGGUAGGAUCAUCGGACGCCGAAGGGAUCUCGAGCGAUUUCGAUCAGCUAGCUGCAGACUUGGCAGAACUCGCAGACAUUCUGGCUGAAAAGGGAUUCAAAAUUGCAUAUGAAAACUGGUGUUGGGCAACACAUGCACCAUCAUGGAGAGAUGUCUGGGAAAUAGUACAGAAAGCAGACAGACCUAACCUAGGACUGUGCCUGGACACCUUUCAAAGCGCUGGAGGGGAGUGGGCAUCUCCAGUAACCAAAUCUGGCUUGGUUGAGGACACUCAAGAAAAAGAGAUAGAUCGCAGGUGGAAAGAGAGCUGUGAGCUACUGUCAAGAACGAUACCACCAGAAAAGAUAUUCUUCUUGCAGAUCUCGGAUGCUUACAAAAUGGAUCCGCCCUUGGAAGAUAAACCCGAUGAAAGUGGGCUGAGACCUCGAGGUCAGUGGAGUCAUGAUUAUCGACCGAUACCUUAUGACGGAGGUUAUCUGCCAGUGGAAGACUUCACCAAAGCUGUACUUCAGACAGGGUUUCGAGGUUGGCUGUCACUUGAGGUGUUUGAUGGCAAAGGCCCUGAGAAGUACGGUGAUGACAUGGCCCCCUUUUUAGGCAAGGGCUUCGAAUCUUUGCAGACGUUACUGCAAACAGUUGAAAGGGACCAAUAG